AUGGGAGCCAGUGAGGCAACUUUGAAGGCCCCAGCGCCCCAGCGUUAUCGCCGAGUGACCGUGAUUCGCACCAAGGAUGGUGACACGAAGGGCUGGAUCAGGAUCCAGGAGGUUGCCCUUGGCAUCGAUCAGUCCGGUGGAGCGCAGGCCGCUGGCAUCUUCGUGGCCCCCGACCAGGCAGUGCCCAGACCAUGGCUGGGUUUCGGCGGAAGCUUCACGGAAGCUUCGACGGAAACCCUGCGGAGAAUGAGUCCAGAACAACGCAUGGAGGUGCUCCGUGCCUGCUAUGACCAAGAGGUGGGCUUGGCCUACAAUUUGGGGCGGGUACAUAUCGGCUCUUGCGACUUCUCCCUGGGCAACUGGACCUGUGGGGAUCUUCCAGAGGGUGAUGCGGAGUUGAACGGGUUCAGCCUGGAUCACUACAAGACAAGCAUCUUGCCAACCAUCCACGACGCUGCGAAGCUCGCUGGCGCGCCGCUGGCGAUGCUUGCCAGCCCCUGGAGCCCGCCGAUGUGGAUGAAGACGAAGAUGGAGUUCCAUGGCGACGGGCACUUGAAAAGAGAGUGCUAUGCGGCUUGGGCCUACCACUUCGUGCGCUUCGUCCAGGAGAUGGAGAAGCUGGAUGUCCCUAUCUGGGCGGUCUCCGUGCAAAACGAGCCAGAGGCAGCUCAGAUCUGGGAGUCGUGUAUUUACACGGCGGAGGAAGAGAGGGACUUCGUGCGAGACCACUUGGGUCCUGCCCUUGAGGCUGCUGAUCUCGGCAGGGUGAAGAUCAUCAUCUGGGAUCACAACCGCGACGGCAUGCUGGAGCGAGCAGCCGUGGCCUACGCAGAUGACCUGGCCUCGAAGUAUAUCUGGGGUGUUGGCUACCACUGGUACGGCGAUGCACGCUACGAGACCUGGCCAGAAUGCCACGAUGUUGUUUACGAGGACCGCAAGCGCGGUGGCUCCGUCCAAGAGCUCAAAGCCAGGCUGGGUUUUGAGAAUGUCCGCCGCUUGGCCGAGCUGCGGCCGGACAAGCACAUCAUCUUCACAGAAGGCUGCCAGGAGCUCUCCAACCGCAGCUUGGAUGAUAUGCUUGGAGUUUGGAAAAUCGGUGAGAGGUAUGGAAUGAACAUCAUCAAUGACAUGAAUCACGGUUGUGAGGGCUGGAUAGAUUGGAACCUGUGCCUGGAUGAGCAAGGUGGUCCAAACCACGUGGGGAACUUUUGCUCAGCUCCAAUCAUUUGCGACACGAGCCGGGGUGAGAUCCUCCGCCAGCCUUCCUACUGGUACAUGGGCCACUUCUCACGCUACAUCCAGCCUGGUGCAUGCCGUGCGGUGAGCAGUGCAAGUCGGGACGUCCUUGAGGUCACAUCGUGGGUCAAUCCCGACGGCAGUCUAGCCGUUGUGGUCAUGAACCAGAGCACCGAGGACAUCGAGUUUUGGCUGAAGGUGCAAGGGUCAGGUGCUGUGUGCACCGAGGCUCCGGCGCGCUCCAUCACUACAUACCUCGUGGAUGAUGCAGAGAUCGCAGAACAGUAG